GAGCCCAGUCAUGUGCGGGCGACUGCUCCUGUGGCCCCUGGUGCUGGGGUUCAGCCUGUUGGGCGGUGCCCAGACCCCCAGUGUCUACGAUGAGGGCGAGAGCACCGGAGGCGGCAAUGACAGCACGCCCUCAAUCCGGCCCGGCCCCCGCGGCUACCCAGGCCAAGUCUGUGCCAAUGACAGUGACACCCUCGAGCUCCCGGACAGCUCACGGGCGCUGCUUCUGGGCUGGGUGCCCACCAGGCUGGUGCCCAUCCUCUAUGGGUUGGUCCUGGCAGUGGGGCUGCCGGCCAACGGGCUGGCACUGUGGGUGCUGGCCACGCGGGUACCACGGCUGCCCUCCACCGUGCUGCUGAUGAACCUGGCAGCCGCCGACCUCCUGCUGGCCCUGGUGCUGCCCCCAAGGGUCCUGUACCACCUGCGUGGCCAGCGCUGGCCCUUCGGGGAGACCGCCUGCCGCCUGGCCACGGCCUCGCUCUAUGGCCACAUGUAUGGCUCGGUGCUGCUGCUGGCCGCCGUCAGCCUGGACCGCUACCUGGCCCUGGUGCACCCGCUGCGGGCCCGCACCCUGCGUGGCCGGCGCCUGGCCCUGGGACUCUGUGUGGCCGCCUGGCUCACAGCGGCUGCCUUGGCACUGCCCCUGGCGCUGCAGCGGCAGACCUUCCGGCUGGCGCACUCCGAUCGCGUGCUCUGCCAUGACGCGCUGCCUCUGGAUGCCCAGGCCUCCCACUGGCGACCGGCCUUCACCUGCCUGGCGCUGCUGGGCUGUUUCCUGCCGCUGCUGGCCAUGCUGCUGUGCUACGGGGCCACCCUGCGCACGCUGGCGGCCGGCGGCCGGCGCUACGGCCACGCGCUGAGGCUGACCGCGCUGGUGCUGGCCUCCGCCGUGGCCUUCUUCAUGCCCAGCAACGUGCUGCUGCUGCUGCAUUACUCGGACCCAAGCCCGGGCGCCUGGGGCAAUCUCUAUGGCGCCUACGUGCCCAGCCUGGCGCUGAGCACCCUCAACAGCUGCGUGGACCCCUUCGUCUACUACUACGUGUCAGCCGAGUUCAGGGACAAGGUGCAGGCGGGGCUCUUCCGACGGCCUCCCAGGGACACCGUGGCCUCCAAGGCCUCCGGGGAGGGGGGUAGCCGGGUCAUGGGUACCCAAUUCUCUUCGCUCCAGUGAUGCAAAGUGGGGAGGGAGCUACUGGGUUCCACAGGGUCCUUUCUCCCACUUCGUGUCUUUCUUGGAACCUCAGAAUGUGACCUUAUUUGGAAAUAGGGUCAUUGUAACUGUCACUGGUGGAGGUCACUUUGGAGAAGGGUGGGCCUUACAUCCAGCGUGGGUGGUGCCCUCAUAAGACAAGGAGAGGCCAAGCCUGGUGGCUCGCGCCUGUAAUCCCAGCACUUUGGAAAGCCAAGGUGGGCGGAUCACCUGCAGUCAGGAGUUCAACACCAGCCUGAGCAACAUGGUGAAAUCCCAACUUUAUCAAAACACAAAAAUUAGCCGGGUGUACUGGUGGGUGCCUGUAAUCUCAGCUACUCAGGAGGCUGAGGCA